GCCUGAUGAAAUUUACUGAACAAUCCCCCCCCGCGCUGCACUACUUGGACGGCAAAUCGACCAGCCUCAAGCACCGGCGGACUUCUUUAUUCCUUUCCACCCCUCUCCUGGUCGUUUUGACAUCGUCACCUCGCCCAAGAUGAGCGCGGCCCAGGCGAACGAAGCGGAAAAGAACAUUGAGAUAUGGAAGGUUAACAAGCUCAUUAAGCGCCUCGAGGCGGCUCGCGGAAAUGGAACCUCCAUGAUCUCUUUGAUCAUUCCCCCCAAGGAUCAGGUAUCCAGGGCAGCCAAAAUGCUGGCAGAAGAGUUUGGCACUGCUUCCAACAUCAAGUCCCGUGUCAACCGACUUUCAGUCCUGUCCGCCAUCACCUCCACGCAACAGCGUCUCAAGCUAUACAACAAGGUCCCGCCCAACGGCCUGGUCGUCUACUGUGGUGAAAUCAUCACAUCUGAGGGUAAAGAGCGCAAAAUUAACAUUGAUUUCGAGCCCUUCAAACCGAUCAACACGUCGCUUUACCUCUGUGACAACAAGUUCCACACGGAAGCACUGAGCGAGCUGCUUGAGUCGGAUCAGAAAUUCGGCUUCAUUAUCAUGGACGGAAACGGUGCUCUCUUCGGCACGCUUAGUGGAAAUACUAGAGAAGUGCUCCAGAAGCUGAGCGUCGACCUGCCGAAGAAGCACGGUCGUGGUGGACAGUCCGCUCUCCGUUUUGCCCGUCUCCGUGAAGAGAAACGUCACAAUUAUGUCCGCAAAAUCGCUGAGUUGGCUGUUCAGAACUACAUCACCAACGAUAAGAUCAACGUUGCCGGCUUGAUUUUGGCCGGUUCUGCCGACUUCAAGAACGAUUUGAACCAGUCGGAUAUGUUCGAUCAGCGCUUGCAAUCCAAGGUCAUUAAGGUGGUCGAUGUCUCUUACGGAGGAGAAAACGGCUUCAACCAGGCUAUUGAACUUGCAUCCGAGACAUUGAGCAACGUUAAGUUCGUUCAGGAGAAGAAAUUGAUUGGCAAAUACUUCGAGGAGAUCAGUCAAGACACCGGAAAGGUCUGCUACGGUAUUGACGAUACGCUCAAGGCCCUUGAGCUCGGUGCUGCAGAGACCCUCAUUGUCUAUGAGAAUCUGGACGUUACCAGAUGGGUUCUCAAGAACUCCGAGGGCUCUGAGGUCAUCGUUCAUUCAUCUAAGGCCCAAGAAGAGAACCGGGAGUUGUUUACCGACAAGGAAACCGGCACUGAAAUGGAGGUCGUUGAUCAGACCUCUUUCCUGGAGUGGCUUGCCGAAAACUACAAGGAUUUCGGUGCCACCCUGGAAUUCGUUUCGGACAAAUCCAGUGAGGGUAACCAAUUCGUCAAGGGCUUCGGUGGUAUCGGUGCCAUUCUCCGAUACAAGGUCAAUUUCGAACAGCUUGCCGACUAUUCUGACGAGGACGAGUUUUACGACGGUGCGUGAAAGCCUUUUCCCCCGUGUCUUUGUCUGAGAUGAGCCAACAACUAAUGGAUACUCUGCAGAUUGACGGUUCAGCGACCUCGCAGGGAGCGAGGAUGAACGGCCAGAAGUUCCCCAAGCGGAUCUUUUGACGGCUCGCCCUAUACAAGGUGACGGUGGAAUCCAUGGCCAGGCCAUGGUUCCCCUGGUUGAUGAUACCUUGACGUCGCCUGGAAAGAGCUCUCAGAAACUGCUCCUAGGUGUGUUAACCAUUCAAUGCUUUUGCUUACUCUACGUCACUGACAACCAACCGUUCCACAGGGCCAUCCAAGCUCCGUAACAUUGUGACUGAGGUUGCCUAGAUGCAUACUUCAGAUAACUCGAGAUUUGCUUUGAACUUUCAAGGGGCGGUGAAGCGUCAAACAACCUCUGCAACGAUUCCUUCGGAUUGUCGGACUUUGAUGACUUAAGCUAACAGGUGGAAGAUUGUUUCAUCUCGGCACACUCUGCUGGGUCGGCCUUGCUUUUAUGCUACCUUUUUUUUUCGUUCUCCAUAGGCAUGCUUUUUGUAAGGAUGACAACAAUGCGUCGCAUUCAUCGCCCCAUAGGGUGUCCUCAUGGUCUUUAGUAGUCAAGUAGUAGAUGCUUUUUAUAAUCUUAUUGGUCGCUCGAUGAGCCCAUACUGUUCCACGUCCCCAGAUCCCUACUAUUUUCAGUAACAUCCUUCAAUCCCGCCAAAACCUUGGUGACUGCCUCCUUGUCAUCGUAUGCCGGAGCCAUCUGGCAUUCAACCAGAAAGAUGUAUUGCCAGGCUAUCCUUUGACUUGGGCGGGUGUUGAUACUCGUGAGAUUCAUGCCAUGCUUCUUGAAUAUCAGCAAGGCGUCUGCCAGCGCCCCGGGGGCGUUCUGAUAGACCAUGAACGAGAUCAAUGUUUUCCUGGUAGUGGUGGAAGGCGAGGGGGUGAUCUUGACCUUCUCAAAGGGCAGUCGGGUCGUGCGUUCCGAAUUCAUAUUCCCCAGAACCAGAAAUCGCGUUGUAUUAUUGGCGUUAUCUUCGAUAUUCUCUUCUAUGAUGUCCAGUCCGUGAUGCUUAGCAGCAAACCGACUAGCUAUUGCGGCACUCCGUUCUGUUGUUUCGCCGGCGACGAUCUCGCCCGCCUUGGAGGUCGACGAGACGUCUUGUCGCUCAACGCCCUUGAAAUGUUUCGCAAGAAAUUUAUCGCAUUGACCCCACGCUUGCGGGUGUGUGUAUAGUUUAUUUAUUGAGUUGAGGUCGACUUGUCCAUUGCGGCCCAGGAGACAGUGGUGCACGCUCAGAUAAUGCUCCCCACACACUCGCACAUCUGGGUAUGAACCGGCGGGGUCGGCCAGAAGGUCGAGCGUUUGAACGACCGACCCAUUGGAGGAGUUCUCGGAGGGAACGAUCGCAUAGUCCACCUCCUGCUGUUGCACGGCAGCGAAAGCGUCUGCGAACGAUGGGCGAGCUUGUAAUUCUACCGAGGUCCCAAAGGAUUCAACAGCGG